AUAUAAACGAAAGUAAUAAAAAGAAUUCUCAACAAGAAAGUAUAUCAUAAGCAGAAACGAAGGUGACAAGGACAUCGACAACAAGAAAAGCAAAAAUGUAUGGUUUAUUACUGGAGAAUCUAUCGGAAUAUGUUAAGACUGUCUAUGGCGAAGAAAAAUGGGAAGACAUAAGACGUCAGGCUGGUGUUGAUUCGCCAUCGUUCAGUGUCCAUCAAGUAUAUCCCGAGAAUUUAUUAAAUAAAUUGGCAAAGAAAGCACAACAGGUUUUAGGCGUUUCCGAACGAGAAUUUAUGGAUCAAAUGGGUGUUUAUUUCGUUAGCUUCGUCGGCCAAUAUGGUUAUGAUCGUGUCUUAUCAGUGUUGGGUCGUCAUAUGCGUGAUUUCUUGAAUGGUUUAGAUAACUUACAUGAAUAUCUGAAAUUCUCAUAUCCGCGGAUGCGUGCACCAUCGUUUAUUUGCGAGAAUGAGACCAAACAGGGCCUAACCUUGCAUUAUCGUUCCAAACGACGUGGUUUUGUUUACUAUACUAUGGGUCAGAUACGUGAAGUUGCCCGACAUUUCUAUCAUAAGGAAAUGCAUAUCGAGUUAGUGCGCGAAGAAAUCCUGUUCGAUACCGUACACGUGACAUUUCAGUUAACUUUCGAUAAUCGAGCGUUCACGUUAGCAUCAUUGGCGAUGACGCGCGAAGAGAAACAUUUGCCAAUUAGUGCUCAUGUUUUAUUUGAGAUUUUUCCAUUUUGUAUAGUAUUCGGUUCCGAUAUGGUUGUAAGAAGCAUUGGAAACUCAUUAAUGGUUAUUUUACCAGAACUGUUAGGCAAAAAGAUUACGGCGUGGUUUGAUUUGGUGCGUCCUUUAAUUGCAUUCAAAUUUCAAACGAUUUUAAAUAGAACAAAUAAUAUCUUUGAAUUGGUAACAGUUGAACCCGUGGCUGAUCGCAUAGAUGGCGAUAAAACGAAUGAAAUUUUAUUGCACGAUGAUGGCACAGAACCGGAAAGAUCAUUACGUUUAAAAGGUCAAAUGGUUUACAUGGAUAACUGGCGUAUGAUUAUGUUCCUAGGUACACCGGUAAUGCCUGAUCUCACUUCUUUAAUCACUACUGGGCUUUUUAUUAAUGACUUGUCUAUGCAUGACUUUAGUAGAGAUCUUAUGUUAGCCGGUACACAACAGUCGGUGGAAUUAAAAUUGGCUUUAGAUCAAGAACAACAAAAAUCAAAAAAAUUAGAAGAAUCGAUGCGUAAGUUAGAUGAAGAAAUGAGACGAACCGAUGAGUUAUUAUAUCAAAUGAUACCUAAGCAAGUGGCUGAUCGUUUGAGAAGAGGCGAAAACCCUAUAGAUACCUGCGAGAUGUUCGAUAGUGUUUCUAUAUUAUUUUCGGAUGUUGUUACUUUUACUGAAAUUUGUAGUCGUAUAACACCGAUGGAGGUGGUAUCCAUGUUAAAUGCCAUGUACUCGAUAUUUGAUACUUUAACUGAACGUAACUCUGUUUAUAAAGUAGAAACGAUAGGCGAUGCUUAUAUGGUGGUGUCUGGGGCGCCUGAGAAAGAUGCAAAUCAUGCCGAGAAAGUUUGUGAUAUGGCUUUAGACAUGGUUGAUGCAAUUACUGAUUUAAAAGACCCAUCUACGGGUCAACAUUUACGUAUACGCGUCGGUGUUCAUUCGGGAGCCGUAGUUGCCGGCAUAGUUGGUCUUAAAAUGCCUCGAUAUUGCUUAUUUGGUGAUUCGGUUAACACGGCCUCUCGCAUGGAAUCUACAAGUUCGGCUAUGAAAGUCCACGUAUCCGAGUCCACUAAAGAAUUUCUUGGUCCUAUUUAUAAAUUAACAGAACGCGGCGAAAUUGAUGUCAAAGGAAAGGGUACCAUGAAAACCUAUUGGUUGGAAGAAAGGGAAAAUCGAAAGCCAUUACAAUUAUCGGCCAAUCAAGUAAGUCCGAUUGCUACAGCAUUCGCUGGCAAAAAAGCGGCAAAAUCUAUAAUGCCGGCGCCGCCCACUGUUAAUAAAGACCGCACCUUAGCUAACAUAACUAAUAAUAAUACGAGCGAUAACACGGAUGAAAACGCCGAUGGUUCUAAAAAAAGCGUUAGCGAAGAGCGUAGUCGCAUCUAUUCGCCAGUAACAUUUAAGGAUGUAGCACGGCGCAGUAUAGCCAACUCUCCUGUACGCAGUUUAUAUAGCAGUAGUUCCGCCAUACAGAACCUGGAGAAAGGCCGCGAAUCGCGCUCCAAUUCAACCGGUCAUGUUUUUAUGCGUUCACCUAGUGAAAUAUUCGGUUCCCUUAUACUUGACACUGAAGAAUUCUUGGAAGAUAUACAAAUGUCUCGCGGUUCUUUGGCCACUGCCAGUAGUACUAGUACAAAACGUCCAUUUAGUCCAAUACCACCCUUUCGUAUUGGCAGUGCUCCACCAAAGCCAAGACCUACUGAUCCAGAUGAAUUUACGCCGGAGGAAUUGGCAGCCAUGGAACAAGUCACACCUCCAGCUACUGCACCACCUCAAGAGACAACUACUUGUAGUAUGAAAGUUGAAAGAAGUUCAACCACUAGUCCGGCUUCCGACGGUCAAAAGAAUCCAAGAAUACCGUCUACAAAUUCGACAUCAACUAAUAUUGAAGAAGAAAAGGAUUCUACAGUAAUUUCAAACUGUACUACAGCUGUUGUACCAACAACACCUUUAACUAAAACUAUAUCGUUUAGUGAUCACCGUGCAGACAGUAAAGAACCAAUGCCGCAGCACUCACCACCGUCACCUAUAAGAUCCCAAUCGGCGCCAGUGCCUAUGUCCAAAGCAGCUCGUAAAGCAUAUCUGGCAGCCAAACAAACCAAAGCCAUAGAAAAGUUGGAUAAAAUGAUAGAAGAAGUCCAAGAGAAUGAAUUUCAAAUAAAGCAACCACAACAGUAUUAUAGAGAUAAUAGAAACGAAGGAAGCGUCAAUAAAAAUCCCGAGCCACGAACCAGUGUUGGCAGACGAACAGAAGGAUGCCUUCUGUUUUUGCCACCACCACCUCCUCCACCCACUCACAUAGCAAAUUCCAUAUCCGAUUCGAGUAUAUGCAGCCAUGGACACAGUCAUGGUCAUACUCCCACUAUGCAUCAUGCUCCUUGCCAUCAUCUUCAUGAAGUCGUUGCCGCCGCUGCUGUUGCUGCCUCAAGCAGUAAAUUGUCGAGUAGUCAAAGUUUUAGUCAUUCACGUCAUUCGAACACUACAGUACAUCAAUGUUGUCCGGGCUACGGAGCACCAACGCCUAGUCAUACUCAUCCUAACGGGCGUCACUCCCAUCGUUUUCAUUCAAAUACUUGUCAGCUUCUGUAGAUUAAAUAUCAUAAAAAAAUAAACAAAAUCAAUGGGCAAAUCUCUUCAAGUUCCAGGCAUAUUAAGUGGCUUUAGUAGGAUUUAAGAAUUUAGCAAAAAAAAAAAAA